AUGAUGUGCCGUUUCGAUAUAGGCUUUAUACACGAGCGAAUACCAGGCGAGAAGCGCCUUUUUGCCAUCGUCACCGAGCUGGAAGAUUGCGGGGAAGAGGACAAGAUGGUUAUGUUGCCGCUGAUGAAGAUCAAGGGCUCGACUCAGAUCAUCAUCGGCCUCCCAGGGAUUGGUAGCAAGCCGCUCUACAUUGUCGACACAGACUCGACAAGAAGAAAUGAGCCAGCACCAUUUGGGAAGGGCAGCCUGAGAUUGAAUAGCACGGCGAGCUAUUCCGAGUCGUUUGUCUCAACUCUGCCAAAUUCAAGUCCGCCACUAUUGACAGCUCAAUUGAGCCAUAUCCAUCGGGCAUGCCUUUCGAAGGCAAAUAUCUCUGGCUUCUCGCUCUUCGACGCAAUGGCCACCCUCGCUGGCAUGCUCGCCGAGCUGCCUGCAAACGCAAAUAUCUCUGACCUCCUCGCCAUCGAAACCCCUCCCCCCAAACAUGAGCAUACCCCGCCUGGCGCGCCACUGCCAGGAUAUUAAAGUCAGCGAUGAAUGGCUCCCAGCCAUCGCCUUGUAUUGCCGAACGGUCC